UAUGCUUUUAGAAAAGAAAAAAAAAAUUACUCCAGUCUGUAUUUUGAAGAGUGUGUUCUCCGUCUUCAAAGUAAAAAUCUCCCGUUCGUAUUUAUUUCGUGAUCUCCACAAAUUGUGAGAGAAGAAGAAGAAGUGCAGUGGAAUAAUCAGAAGGAAAAUGAGCGUAAUAGAUAUACUGACACGGGUUGACUCAAUCUGUAAGAAAUAUGACAAGUACGACAUCGACAAGCACAAGGAUUCCAACGUUGCCGGCGACGACGCCUUCGCUCGUCUCUAUUCUUCCGUUGAAUCCGACAUCGAAGCUUCUCUUCAGAAAGCGGAAACAGCUGCUAAUGAGAAAAAUAGGGCAUCUGUUGUGGCGAUCAACGCUGAAAUUCGGAGAACUAAAGCCAAGUUACUCGAGGAGGUUCCAAAAUUGCAGAGGUUGGCUGUAAGGAAGGUCAAAGGUCUGUCGGGUGAAGAACUUGCUGCCCGUAAUGAUUUGGUUCUUGCACUACCAGAUAGAAUAAAUGCCAUACCAGAUGGCUCUGCAGCUCCACCCAAACAAUCUGGAGGAUGGAGAGCUUCAGGUUCUCGCACAGAAAUUAAAUUUGAUUCAGAUGGACAAUUUGACAAUGAAUAUUUUCAACAAACUGAAGAGUCAAGUCAAUUCAGGCAAGAGUAUGAAAUGCGGAAAAUGAGACAGGACCAAGGUUUGGAGGUCAUAGCAGAAGGCUUGGAUACUUUGAAAAACAUGGCCAGUGAUAUGAACGAGGAGUUGGAUAGACAAGUUCCUCUGAUGGAUGAGAUUGACACAAAGGUGGACAAGGCAACCUCAGACUUGAAGAAUACCAACGUUAGGCUCAAGGAUACAGUUAACCAGCUGAGAUCUAGUCGAAACUUUUGUAUCGACAUCAUUUUGCUGAUCAUCAUUCUUGGGAUUGCAGCCUAUUUGUACAAUGUCUUGAAGAAGUAAAACUCCGUUAAAGUGCAUGUUGGAUCGACGUGUAUGUUGGCCUUCACGAUCCAUUUAUUUAUCAUUAAUUUGUUUAUAUUUUUGUUUGUGUGUGUGCAUUUAAAAAAAAGAAAAAGUUAAUAUGGAUGGUUAAGCCUAGCAUGCGUAUUCUACUUGCUUGUGUGUUUAAUUAGUUUGAGAUUGAGGUGUAGUAAUUGUUGUUUUUAUCUUUGGACAAUGUAUUUCCGGUUUUAGUGGAGAAGGGUUGUUUAUUUUUCAGUAA